GUCAGUGAUACGUUGAGACCACAGUUGACACGGUUGCAGUUGUUGCUACCUCGAUAUCCACGCGAUUUAGAAACUUUAAUGAUUGUAGUAUACGUAUAGGAGACGUUAAGACCAAGCCAAGAAAACGGCUGGAUUUCCACAUAAUUUUGAAGACAUAUUCGCGGCAAAGCCGUUAACUGUGUUGUUUGAGUUCUAUUUCAAACAGUCGACUCCGGAUUGCAGUUGUCGAUAAUAUUCAUCUGUGCUGUGUUUAUAUUUGGGAUUUAAUACAUUUCUCGCGGUUGUCGAAAGAAGACAGCCUUGAUGCCCUUAUCAGAGAAAAAGAUGAACUCCCCGACAGGGUUGCUGUUGGAUGGAGUUGAAAGGCGGAAGAUCAAGUCUGGCAAUUUUCAUGAGCUGUACACAGUUGGUUGUGAACUCGGCAGGGGCAAAUACUCAGUUGUCAAGAAAUGCACAGAAAAUUUUACAGGAAAAGAAUUUGCAGCGAAAUUUCUUAAAUUGAGGAAGAGAGGGAAGGACUGUCGGAAUGAAAUCUUACAUGAAAUUGCCAUCUUAGAAAUCUCAAAAAACAAUCCUCGUCUUAUAUCGCUACAUGAAGUUUAUGAAACAAGACACGAACUGAUUUUAGUUCUGGAAUUAGCGGCCGGCGGUGAAUUACAUCGUCACUGUGUUUGUGAAAAAGAAGAAACAAGUUUUACAGAACGUGACGUAGUGCGGUUACUCAAACAGAUCCUGGAAGCAGUGCAGUACCUUCAUGAAAGAAAUGUAGUACAUCUAGAUAUCAAGCCUUCAAAUAUUCUGCUAACACAUAGUCAACCAGCGUUUGGAGACGUGAAGCUUGUAGACUUUGGCCUUGCAAGGCUAGUAAAUGCCAACGAAGAGAUUCGGGAAAUUUUAGGCACCCUUGAUUAUGUUGCACCUGAAAUACUAAGUUACGAACCGAUCACCCUAGCCACUGAUAUGUGGAGUAUUGGAGUACUCACCUAUGUCAUGUUGACGGGCAUUUCACCAUUUGCAGCCGACGACAAACAGGAAACGUUUCUUAACAUCUCACAAUGUAAAGCAGAUUUCUCUAGCGAUCUCUGGAAAGACAUCUCGCCCCUCGCAGUUGACUUUAUCAAGAGGCUACUUGUUGUACAACCGACAAAAAGAUAUAAAAUGAAAGACUGUUUGGAACAUCCAUGGAUAAAGUCAUCAAACGAAAACAACAAUGCACAAGAACUGGGAACGAAAUCACCGUGUGGAGUCAGAAGAACGCUAUCAACAGGAAGCGACAAGGAGAAUGGGGUGUCCGUUAUUGAUGGUGCUGAGCCGAAAAGGUUUAAAAUGGAGGAAGUGCACAACGAAGAAGAAUCAUGCUGAGAAAAACUUUCCAAAAUGUUUCAAACAUUAAUAAAGUAUGUGGAAUAUUGACAUGGUUUUCACGCCAGGAAAGUCUGAGAAACUUUGACGUGGUUUUCACGCUAGGAAAGUACGAGGAACUUUGACAAGGUUUUUUCAUCAAUUUAGAAACUCAAAAACCGAACGAACUGACAAAGAUAGUUGGAAUGUUUAAAAGCAACAGAUUUUUCACUUGAAGUUAAAGGCCGCUUUUUUUUCUCGCCCGGACUACGUGGUGCCGAUACUCAACUAAACAAAGCCGAUACAGUGUAACUUAUAGUGACAUUUCCUGCAUGCUGAUUUGAUUCUUUCAAAGCUGCAGAUUAUUUUUUUUGUUUUUUGAAAAUUUGAUUUUCUGACAACUGUGAUAUAUAACAGGCUGAUUGGUUGAGCAAAUGAAAAAAUCAGUGUAAACUAGCCAAUCAGAAUAGAGAAUGUAAAAUGUAACCGGUAUAACUGCAACAAGUGUCCAUUGGUGGGUCAUACCAUAAUCCACACAAGGUAGGGCCAUUUGCAGUUACAUCGUACAUUUUAGUAUGAAUCACGACUUUGGCAUUCUGUGUGCCUUUGAGCUAAUUUAUAGUACCCCUAAGUUAGUCUUGUAUAUAACACCCCUAGUCUACUAAAAUAUUGCAUCCUUUGCCACCAUCUUUAAUAGCAGACACGACAACUCUCAUUUGAGAUGUACUGCAUAUUAUUACCAACUACCAACUGAAUGUUUGGUGGCACAAGAUUUCUAUGUAUGUAGAUAGCUUUCCAAUAUACUGUUUAACAUCAGUGAGAACUGUCAGUUCUUGUUUACCUCAUUUGUGAGUGUAGACGUAGCCCUCUCAGUUACAACACACUGAAUGAGGGUGCCGCAACAAAAACAGGUGAUUUUCUCACCCCCCAAAUACAAUCAGCGGUGUGUAUUAAGUGUUGGAGAUGUACUUGCAUCAAUUUUAUUCUAACCGUUUCAUUCAAAUUGUCUUAUUUCCAGAGCUCAUGGAUUUGAAAGAAAAGCCAGCUAUAGUAACAAUGUCAUUUAGUGUAGCUAUUGAAACGACAAUGUCGAUUACGCGACUACCAUUUUUUCUUUCCAAACCAUGGAUUCUUGAAGUAAAGACACAGCAACGUUCUUGCCCAGCUGCGUUUGCAAUUACACAACUAACCCACCUCUCCCAAUCCUAUUCAAAAUUUAGUAACCCCCUCCUCCCUGGACAAGUUUGUGUGUUUUAAUUCAAACUGGUAAAAAAGAUGUUACAUCAUCAAAAUUAAAUUCCAAAAAGUAACAGAAAUCAAAGAGUUUCUGUUUUGACCUUUUUGAUGUAAGAAGAGUAUUGCUAUAACAGUAAAUACCGUACAAUGGCCGUUCGGCUUGCAAGAGAAUCCUCAUGAACUUCCUCCUCUAAUCGUUGUGUUAUUUCAAAUUCAUAGGGUAUGGAAUGUUGCUGUUGCUAACAAAUAAUAAAAUAUUUAGUUCCCAUUAUAUUAUGUGCGGUGGUGUUGGGGGAGGGGUUAGCCUCCUCUGCUCCCCUUAAUUGUAUUUAACUUCAUUUCAAAAUGCAAAAUGUCAUCUGGUUGAAAACAUGGCUGGUUAACUGUACUGUAUAUAGCGUGAUAUUGUUAGUAUAGCUGUACAUAAGCAAAAUACUACAUACAACCCUGUAUAAUUUUAUGCCACAACUCAGGAAAAGAAACACAAACAGCUUUUUUUUUCUCCACUAUAUUUUGUACACUACUGCUAAAAGUAUCAGUAGAAAAGAACAAUAGCUUUUAGAUUUUCAAUGAAAGCCAUGUUUUUUGCCAGUAUCAUAUUGCGUUUAAUAUAAUACAAUUUUAAUAUACACGUUUACUUAUAAUUGUAUUUAUUACUUACCAACAUACCAUCUAUGCAAUGUGUAAGAUUGUUUCAAUCACUUUAUUAUUAUUUUAGUCAUUCAAAAACUUACAAAAGUGUUUACAGAAUGAUUUGUUAAGUGUUUAUUAAUUUAGCCAAGUGUUAUUAUUAAUAAUUUGAUAUGCUGCAUAUGAACCGUAAAAAUAAUAAUCAUGUCAUCAACUCCAUUAUUAAUAAUAUAUAUAUAAAAUAUCUAGAAAACAU